AGAGUAGGGGAUCGGCUGAGGUGGAUGGGUGGUUAUUAUUUGAUUUUUUUGUAAUUUUAUUUUAUUUUAUUUUUUUUAAGUUUACCUCUAAAAACAGGUAAAAUUUUGAUGAACAAUAUUUUUGGAUAAGUACCCUAAUAAUUAAGAUUAUUUAUAAUUAAUUAAUAGGUAAAAUUAUUAUAGAAAAAUUGUAAAAAGAUUGAAUUACUGAAGAUAAUUUUUCCAAUGAAAGUGUAACCAUCUAUUAUAGAGAAAGCUUAGUUUAUAAAUUAACAUUAUUUUGGAAAAAUUCCAAAAAGCUUGGGUCUUUUUCUAGAAGAUAUUUUUAAGAUAAAGGAAUAUAAUUGGAUUCUUUUUUUUGUCAUAGUACCCAAGGCCAGAAGGUACCAACCACUUACCCUAUAAAGAAACUGAUAUUUUAUUAUUUUUUUGUUGCAUUAAAUUUUUUUCAAACUUCCUUCAAUUUAUUUUUUGGUCUACUAUUCUAUUUUAAUGUUUUAAUUUUCUUUUAAUUUUAUCUAUAUAAUUAAUUAUCUCUUUAUUUUUACCAACAUUCAUUUUUUUUCUCAUAUUACAAUUUUUCUCUUUAGGACCAGGACAAACAAUUAGUAUACAUUUGUUUGAAUAUUAAAUAUUAUACCACCUCCGUUUUAGUGACUUUGUUACAUUUAAUAUCAACUAAAUAAGUCUUAACAUAAGAAUUAUUAAUAUCAACUUUUAUAAUUUUUAGUUAUACACCGUUAAAAAUAUUAAAACUUCUUUAUAAGUCUUGACAAACGUGCCUAAAUGAAAUGAAACAAAAUCAUUGAAAUAAAGGGAGUAAACUAAAUAAAAAAGGAGUACGUAAAUAAAAAAAAAUUAUAAAUUGAUUAGGUGAUUGCAAUAAAAAAUAAUAAAAAAUUUAAUAAAUAUAAAAAUAUAAUAAAUUUAAUAAGUUAAAAUUAACAAAUAAUUUGUGGGACAAACGUAGUAAUACGAGUAUUAUUGACGGUAGAAUCCUCCAGGCUCCAGGACAGUUUAAUGUAUUGGUUCUUCGUCCUAACCAACCUUAGUUUUCAAUUUCCAUGGCUGCCAAAUUAGGAUCAUUCAGAUACAGCUUUGCAGAGAAAAGGGAGAGAGACAAAUUACUUCAUUCCAAAGGCUAUUCUUCAUUGGGUAUUCCCUUUCUAGAACACCCUUCUCAUGAACAACAACCUAAUUGCUUUGCCUCUUUUACUACAAAUGGGUGGAAUGCUUUUCGACAAUUCAUCUCAAAAUCCAUUGAAAUGGGGAAAUCGGAUCCAAGUAAAGUUAUUUACUCCGCGAAAAUGGGACUUGCUUUGACUCUUCUUUCUUUCCUUAUCUUUUUGAAGAAGCCUUUUGAGGAACUCGGCAAAUAUUCUGUCUGGGCUAUUCUUACUGUUGUUGUUGUCUUUGAAUUUAGUGUUGGAGCCACACUUAGCAAAGGAUUCAACCGUGGAUUGGGGACAUUAUCUGCUGGUGGUCUUGCUCUGGGCAUGGCAAUGCUGUCAACUCUUGCUGGAGAUUGGGAAGAACUCGUUAUUAUUAUAAGUAUUUUCAUCAUAGGAUUUGUUGCGACGUAUUUGAAGUUAUAUCCUACAAUGAAGGCAUACGAGUAUGGGUUCAGAGUAUUCUUGUUGACGUAUUGCUUCAUCAUGGUAUCUGGAUAUAGGACAAGAGAAUUUGUCAAUACAGCUAUAACUAGAUUCAUACUUAUUGCACUUGGGGCUGCUGUUUCCUUGUUGAUAAACACAUGUAUUUACCCGAUAUGGGCUGGAGAGGAUCUGCACAGCUUGGUGGUGAAGAAUUUUAUGAAUGUUGCAACUUCUUUGGAAGGUGUUGUGAAUGGGUACCUGUGCUGUAUUGAAUAUAAACGAGUCCCAUCAAAAAUUCUUACUUUUCAAGCUUCCGAUGAUCCACUUUAUAGUGGUUACAGAUCAGCCGUAGAUUCAGCAAGUCAAGAGGAUACUUUGGUAGGCUUUGCUAUUUGGGAGCCACCUCACGGUCCUUACAAAAUGCUUGCUUAUCCAUGGAAAUCCUAUACCAAAGUUAGUGGUGCUCUGAGGCAUUGUGCAUUCAUGGUCAUGGCUAUGCAUGGCUGUAUACUUUCUGAGAUUCAGGCGCCUGCUGAACGAAGACAAGUUUUUCGUAGUGAGCUUCAAAGAGUAGGUAAUGAAGGUGCUAAAGUGUUACGUGAGCUGGGAAAUAGACUUAAAAGAAUGGAAAAGUUGGGUCAAGAAGAAGAUAUACUUUACCAGGUAGACGAUGCAGUCGAAGAAUUACAAAAGAAAAUUGAUAGAAAAUCGUAUCUUCUCGUCAAUUCAGAGUAUUGGGAAAUCGGAAACCAUGAAAGGAGUCCCGAACAAACUCAACAUUCACAGACAACAGAUUUCGAAAACUUGAUACCAGAAGUGAAGUCGGUCAGUGACCUCGAAGCACUGCAUCGUGAUUACACGAACUUUGAUGGUGAAAACAAUUUUGGAACACACGGGAAGCAUGCAUCUUUGCCUGCGUCAUUGUUAUCCAUUGCCGAUGAUAAAGAGCCAAAUGAAUACGAGUCAAAGACUUACGAGAGUGCUAGUGCAUUAUCUCUAGCAACGUUCUCUUCUCUUUUGAUCGAAUUUGUUGCGAGGCUCCAAAAUCUCGUCGAUUCAUUCAAGGAACUUAGUGAGAAAGCCAAUUUCAAGGAACCUGUUUACCAACAAGUACCGGUGACUGUUGCUUGAAAAUCGUGUUGUAGAAAUACAUAGUGCUUCUAAAUGUCUAAGAAUCAUCGCUUAAUUUUAUCGAUACAAGUUCCUAUCCUCAUGCCUUUUUUCUGAUUAUGGCACGAAAAUAAAGUUUCCUGUAGAGACACGAUCACACGGAUGUAAAUAGUUGAGCAGUGUGAAGUUAGUAUUGUCGAUGUUUAUCAUGGUAUGACAGGACGGUGUACUCGGGUAGUAUAUCUAACAACCAUCAAUAUAAUUUAAGCUCAACGCCAA